CUACACACCUCCUAUAAUUUGCAAACACGUUUUUUUGGUGAAAAUGUCUAGCGAUUGUGGUAAGGUGGAGGCCGAUGUUGAAAUCAAGGCUUCUGCUGCCAAGUUCCAUGAAAUGUUCACACACAAGCCACACCACAUCUCCAAUGUCAGCAAUAGCAACAUUCAGGGCUGUGAUCUACAUGAAGGUGAUUGGGGAACCGUCGGAUCUGUGGUCUACUGGAAUUAUUUCCAUGAUGGAAAAGCCAAAGUUGCUAAGGAGUUGGUUGAAGCCAUAGACGCUGAAAAUAAUCUGAUCACUUUCAAAGUGAUUGAAGGAGAUCUUAUGGAGCAUUACAAGAGCUUCAAGAUCACCAUCCACGCAACUCCAAAAGGCGAGGGAUGCAACGUGCACUGGACUAUGGAGUAUGAGAAGCACCAUGACGAUAUUGAAGAUCCACAUACAUUGCUCCAGUUUGCAGUUGAGGUCUCCAAAGAUAUUGAUGCUCACCUUACAAGCACCGAUGCAAAAUAAACACAGAAGGCUUAAGGCUUAAUUAUAUGAUCUGUGAUUAAUCUGUGUGCUGCAAUCACGAUCUAUCUGCAUGUGUGUGAUUAAUAAAAACAUUUGAUAUGACGACUGUUUCGUUCGUAUCAAAUCAUGUUUGUGUGUUUA